AUGCCUCCCAAGCAAAUCAAGAUCAAGCCCACACAGGUUCACGGCGACUCCACUUACGAGGACUCUACACCUGAGCCUGGAAAAAAGCCUCGCAUCACCCUCAAGCGCGGCAAGAUCAAUCUCAACAAGAACGACGACGCCACUCCAAAGGGCGCGCGCGCUGUAGUGAAGAAGCCUUCUCAAGACCAGAUCUACAAGGACCUUCUUUCACGCCCCGCCGACAAGGAACCCGCCACCAAGAGACAGCGCGUUUCUCCAGGAUCUGAUGCCUCAUCAGCUACCAUUGNNGCAAGAGGUAAACUACAUCGAAUCAAAAAUCCUUUCAUCUUCAUGUUUACUGAUUCAACUCGUAGCCACCAAGACUUCUUGAAUGACUACACCAAGAAUCUAGUCAUUGGAGAGAUCAAAAAGCAAGCCGAUGCUCUGGACUUCUCUCAUGACAGCGAUCUUCUCGAUCAAGCUCGUGUCUAUGGCCAGUAUUUGUUCACUGCUCCUGGUCAAAGCAAGAUCACCAAAACUCUGUGGAUGGAAAAGGCAAUGCAGAGAGUUGAUGUCAUGUCAAUGGCAGAUAUCAAGAAUGAUGGCAUCAGCGCUGCAGUCAAGAGAGCUCUGCUGGAGACAAUCAGUGAGGAGACUGGCAACCAGGCUGCAACCUUUGCUCGCAGUGCCAAAGCCAUCAUGAACAUGAUCAGAGAGGAGGACUGA